AUGGACAAUACAACUUCCCAAAGCUCUACUAAUGAUCUGAUCGCAGCAACCCAAUAUAACAUGGACGUAAAUAUUAUGCGCACUGCCCUCGUAUUAUUUUUGGUGGUGAUUACUGUUGUUGUUGUUCUUAAUCUUCUUCAUCUUUACGCCAAGUGUGCUCUCCGUUGUCGAGCCAGGCUUCAUCGUCGAACAACCCAUCUUAUCGACAUUACAUUCACCGCCGAUGAACAUAUGAAUUCGCACGGUGAACCACCUAAACAUGGGCUUGAUUCAUCAAUCAUUGCGGCUCUACCAACGUUUUCAUAUAGAAGUAGUGAUGAUAGAGUUGAUGAUGAUGAUGAAACAGAUGCUAAAGAAUGCACAGUUUGUUUGGGCACCUUAGAAAAUGAAGAGAUUGUCAAGGUUCUUCCAAAUUGUAAGCACAUUUAUCAUGUACAAUGUAUUGAUAUGUGGUUGAACUCGAAUUCGACUUGCCCUGUUUGCCGCACAGGGGCUAAACCUUUGGAAGAAAUAGGUGAUUAUCAUCAUCAUCAUCAAGCACCAUCUUCACAGCAAAAUGAGACAGGUAUUGAUGGGAUUGUUGUAGGAGUUGCUUUGCCGGAGGAUUCAUCUAACUUGCCCAUUACACCACCAAGGUCAGAUCAGAUUGUACAAGAUAUUGGUGGUGCGCCACCGGUUAAGGAGGGUGAAUCCGGACUGAGUUCCCUUCGGAGAAUUCUUAGUCGGGAGAGAUCAGUGAGGACAAAUCGACACGAGUCUGGGCAAUCUGAUGCAGAGGAAGAUCUUGAGAGGCAGUGA